ACCCAAUCAACAAAUCCCGAUUAACAGAACGACUAAGGAUUAGUAGGCGGCGACACCGCGCAACGCCACCCUCCGCCACCGAGUAAUCGCCGCUUCACGCCCCAAUUUAAUCUGAUUAUUCCAAUCAAUCCAACUCGACAGCCAUUCGCACUUGCUCACAAUCCUCUGCGAAUGCGUCUAACACCAUUCACACCCCUCAGACUCAUGCCCUAAUUUAAUCUACACUCCCCUCUCCUCCCCCCCCCCCCCAAAAUUGGUGUCUAUGGAGCCUGGUAUUGGUAGAGCUGACGGAACCAGCUAUGAGGAAUCCGGAAAUCGUUUUGAUCUCGACAACUCCAGUAUUCAGCAUUGUGAGACCGGGAAAAUCGACUCAGAAGCUGUUAAUGUUGCUGGGGGUGGAGACGGAAGCAGGAACGACGUCGAUUCAUCUUGUGCUGGAGGAGAAAAGCCGCAGCUGGGGAACGAGAGCGCGAUAGGUGGAGUGGCGGGAAAUAGGAGUGUUAAGAAGAGGAUAGUAAAAAAGACUGUGAUAGUUAAAAGGGUGAUAAUGAAGAGGGUGCCGAAGAGGGUUUUGAUCAAUCGUUCGGAAGAGGGGAUCAAUUUGAGUGAGGUAAGAAGCAACGGUGGCGUGAUUGAAAAUUCUAACGUUGUUGAUGGGUCUAAAAGCUUGAACCCUGUGAAUUAUGUCGAUACAGAUGAUAUAAAAGGUAAUGAUGCUGUAGGUGAAGUAGAGAGAAACAAUGUAACAGUGUCUUCUUGUGAUUUAGAAGUUGAUAAGGCCAAAUUAAGCAUUGGGACUAUUAGUGAGAGAAAGAAUACUGUGACAGAGAAUGAAUUAACAUCAUGUAUUGUGGAGAAUCAGAGUACUGGUAUUGUCAAAGCAGCGGAUAUGGAGAUUCCCACAGGUCAAAGUGAACGUCCAGUAGGAGAAGAAUGUGGGAUUUUGGAUGCGAAGGAAAAUGGAAGACGGGAUAUUGAAGCUGAAAGUUGCAGUGGUGAAGUGGAGAGUGAUGAGGAAUCGGAAGCUGCGGAGCGGAGGAAGAAGCGGAAAACAGAGAUUUUCCUUGGUGGUCUGAGCAAGGCUACGAAGGAGGAAGACAUUAGGGAAGUGUUUGAAGGUGUUGGAUCAGUUGUGGAAGUAAGGAUAGUGGUGAACCCUACAUCAGGGAAGAAUAGAGGCUUUGCCUUUGUGCAGUUUGCCACAGCUGCUGAUGCUAAAAAGGCAUUAGCAAAAUACUCUGAAGUUGAGAUAUGUGGGAAGCUCUGCAAUACAGCUCCAGUCCAGGGAAGUGAUACAAUAUUUAUUGGUAAUAUAGACAGAAAUUGGAAGAGUGGAGAUUUGGUUGAGUUGCUAGAGAAAGCUGGCGUUGAGAAAAUAGAUACAGUCACUAUUAAGGCUAAUCCAACUAACAAAGAGAGAAAUCGUGGUUUUGCCUAUGUUGAGCUUCAAACAAGUAAAUAUGCUCGAAUUGCUUUUAAGAAACUGCAAGAGAAAGAUGCUUUAGGGAAAAACCAGAAUGUAAAUGUUUCAUGGGCACAACCCAUAAAUGAUCCAACCGAAGAAAAAAAUUCACAGGUUAAGAUGACUGCAUCCCUUGCAAAAACAAUUCCAAAGAGGAAGCAAAUGACACAAACCUCCAAUCUGACUAGCGCGCAACACCUUGAAGCAAAAGAGAAUGCAUCACGAACAUCCAAAAAGCCGCAUACACUUAGAAACAAGGGCAAAGCUGCCAGCAGUAGUUAUGAUCAUGUAAAGGUUGUUAACAGAACUUCUACUACUGAAGAACUUGUACAAUUAUUGAGGCAGCAAGCAUCAACGCAGAAUAAUCCUCCCCAUUCAGGUUCAGGUGCUGUUAUGUCAGACCAUUGUUUCCUCUUACCUGGGAGCAAGCAGCCAUUUUCACAAGUGGGCCAUGAUCCUCUCUCUGUGCAGCACCAAGGAUUGUCACAAGUGCAUGCAGAAAGAUUGUAUCGAAUUUCUGGCCCAAGCUCAUUAUCUCAUGGCAUUGGUCUGUUACAGUCCCCUUAUCAUCAUCAACCUGGGCCAGAGUUCCCAUCUGAAUCAAUCAAUGGGAGAAGUUAUCCUAGACAUUUUCAGGCCAGAGAUCGAGCUUCUUACUACGAAGAUACUAAUCCUUAUCGCAGACGUUGAGAAUUCAUCACUGGGGCUGGGCUUGAUUGGGGAACUGAUGUACAUUUAAAUGUAGAAUUUUCUGUUAAACUGUAGUGUGACUGAUGAUAUCUGCUCCAAUUUUGCUGUUAAAAAGAUUUGUUUUUGCUGUUUUGAAAUUAAAUUGAGUAUGAUAUUCAAUUUGAAAUUGAUAACAGAAGGUUCCCUCCAA